AGACUGUUUUUUUGGUCUGAGGGAAAGGAGGAAGAAGGAGAUUGUGAUGGAGAAAAGGGGUCUGUAAAACGUCAGGCGCGGCACAAAGGCUUUGCCACGUAAUUACAGGCUCCUAUUAAGUCGAGAUCUGCCCUCCCAGGGGUCUCCAAUUUUCUUGUAUUCCCUACAAAGCCUCUUUUGCAUGCCAGUUUGUGCCUUUUGAAGUGCCAGAGAGCUUCUUGAUCCAACUGAGAAGGAAAAAGAAGUUCAUCAAGAAGAGGGGGAGAGAGAGAAGGGAAAGGGGGAAACCCACCACCACCCUCUUUCGAACUCUUGAAGCCCUAAUUUUUUUUUUUUUUUUUUUUUACUCCUUACCAAAAGUAAAGUGAGAAUCCUGCUCUCCAAUACAUCUGCAAGACAUCACCCUCUCCUCCUGAAACCUUAGUCACUCCUGAGAAUCCACAGGAGUGCAGAGAGGGGGGAACACGUUUUCUUGAAGAUGUUUUAAAGCUGGAACAAGCCUUCUUCUGUUGGUGCUUGAACUCUUGCCUGGGAAUAACUUUUUUAACCUUUUUAAAAAAAUCCACUUUGAUUCUUCUCUCCCACCCCUUCUUUCUUCUUCUGUUUGCCUAACUCCCCCGCCCUGCUGGCCUCCACUUUCCUCUCUCCCCCUUAUUAUUAUUUUUAGUGUGUGCGUGCGGACACUUUUGGAGAGCUGGAAGGGAUUUUUUCUCCUGACUUGAACACAGGGUGACUUCUUAAUUCUAUUUUUUGGUGUGGAUUAUCUCUUUGGACCGCGCCGGACUUGGCCUCAGGAAAACAGCCGAGGCUGCUGGUGCAGAACGCUCUGCUCUUCAGAAGCGGGUCCCCCGCCCUCUUUUCCACUUUUUUUUUUUUUUUGGUCUUCCCCUCCUUCUCUCUCUCUCUCCUUCUCCCUCUCUCUCUACUCCCCCCUCUCUCUUCCCCACUCUGUUCCUCUCCCCCCUCGCGCCCACAGAGUUUGGUGUUGAUUCGAGCGGGAAGAGGGGGGUGGGUGGGAUCGGAGGGGGAGACCAUGACCUCCAGCUACGGGCACGUUCUGGAGCGGCAGCCGGCGCUGGGCGGCCGCUUGGACAGCCCAGGCAACCUCGACACUCUGCAGGCGAAAAAGAACUUCUCCGUCAGUCACCUGCUAGACCUGGAGGAGGCCGGAGACAUGGUGGCGGCACAGGCGGACGAGAGCGUGGGUGAGGCGGGCCGGAGCCUGCUGGAGUCGCCGGGACUCACCAGCGGCAGCGACACCCCGCAGCAGGACAAUGAUCAGCUGAACUCAGAAGAGAAGAAGAAGAGAAAGCAGAGGAGGAACAGGACCACGUUCAACAGCAGCCAGCUGCAGGCUUUGGAGCGCGUCUUCGAGCGAACACACUACCCCGAUGCUUUUGUGAGAGAAGACCUGGCCCGCAGGGUGAACCUCACCGAGGCCAGAGUACAGGUGUGGUUUCAGAACCGAAGAGCUAAAUUCCGCAGGAAUGAGAGAGCCAUGCUGGCCAAUAAAAACGCUUCUCUCCUUAAAUCCUACUCAGGGGAGGUGACUGCCGUGGAGCAGCCCAUCGUCCCUCGUCCUGCUCCGAGACCCACCGAUUACCUCUCCUGGGGGACGGCCUCUCCGUACAGAUCCUCGUCCCUCCCAAGAUGUUGUUUACACGAGGGGCUUCAUAACGGAUUCUAACGGAAGACACUGAAAAGCGCCAUGGCUACUUAUUCUGCCACAUGUGCCAACAAUAGCCCUGCACAGGGCAUCAACAUGGCCAACAGCAUUGCCAACCUGAGACUGAAGGCCAAGGAAUAUAGUUUACAGAGGAACCAGGUGCCAACAGUCAACUGAGGAAAAAAAA